AUGAAAUUGGAAUUACAUAUGGUAGAUGAAGGGGGAAGAAAUGAGUCUGUUGGAUUUGAUAGAGGAAAAGCGUCGAAGAGGCUUCUGUGGGUAGGAAGUGAUUCUGAAGUUCGGGGAAGGUCGAGUCUUCGGAAGGAGAAGGGAGGGAUUGCCAGGGGCCCAGAGAAAAGUAAUCAGCACUCUGGAAAUGACAAGAACGAGACGGUAUCUCAAGACUCCAAGGAAGAAGAGAAGGCGAUUGCAACAGAGGAUGGAGACAGCAAGGUUAGGACGAGUGAGAAAGUGAAAACAUUAAAUUCGUUCAAGGACCUCUCCUCUCCAUCUCUGGUAAAGGUGCUUGGAAGAGAAUACACUGCGCCCACAGUCAUACAGAAGUACUGUAUACCAUCGAUGGUUGAUGGAAGAAAUCUCCUCUGUAGAGCACCGACGGGAAUGGGAAAGACGAUGUGUUUCCUAAUCCCGAUCAUAGAAAGAUAUCAACAAAUGAACAAGCCACAGGCAUGUAUUAUCUCGCCAACGAGAGAACUAUGCGAACAAAUUCGAACGGAGGCUUCCAAACUUGUGGUUGGGAGUAAGAUUCGGGUGGUGUCUAUCUACGGCAAGAAGCAGGAUCUUCCUAGCUAUGCUGGAGUCGACAUUAUAGUUGCAACACCUGGAAGGCUGAUAGAUCUAUUGCACAAAGAUAAGGUGGAUCUUUCUGAAGUAAGGAUGUUUGUCCUCGACGAGGCGGACAAGCUUCUGGACAUGGGAUUUGAGAUGCCUAUAAGGGAGAUCCACAAAUUUGUUCCUAAAAACACACAGACAUGUCUCUUCAGUGCCACGUAUUCACCAAAGCUUACGAGGAUGAUAAACUACUUUCUCCCUGACGACAAAGUCUCGAUAGAAAUUCCCUCUGAGACUCUUAAGAACAUCCGGCAGGACAUUGUGGAGGUAAGGAAUAAGAAGAAAAUGCUUCUUAAUAUCUUAAGGAGCUCGGAGAUCAAUCUCAAGGGGUCAUGGAGGAUGGAAGUGCAACCCGAUAAAGUGCUUGUUUUUGUUGAAAGAAAGAGCGAAUGCGGGGAGGUUGAGAAGACCCUAAAGAAAAAUGGGAUCCUCUGUGUUACUCUGCAUGGAGAUAAGGAGCAGUCAGAUAGAAACGAGGCAUUGAAAGGGUUCCGUAAUGGAAGAUUCCCUGUGAUGGUUGCAACCUCGGUGGCAGCCCGGGGUAUAGAUAUCAAGGAUGUAAAACUGGUGAUAAAUUACGACAUUCCGAAAGACAUAAAGGAAUACAUCCAUCGGAUAGGACGUACCGGACGAGAAGGGAAGUCUGGGAGGUCGAUAUCGUUUUAUGAUGGGGGAAUGAGUGCUGAUUUCAAGAAAGCAUUGAUAGAGGUCUUGAAAGAGUCCAAGAACCCCAUUCCUUCGUUUCUGAGCGAUACUGCUGAAGACUUUGAUGCCAGGCUUCAAAGAUUGAAGGUAAGUGCUGAUAAGGAGAUGUCGGAUGACGAAGAAGUCGGGCUGUGGGGAUGA